GCUUGGCAGGUAUUUUAAGAUCAAACACAGAGUCUCCUCUCAGCCUGAGUGUUCACUGCCUGUCAGUGUGCAUUUUACCGUCCUCACGUCGACUAUUGUUAGAAAGAAAGUUCUGGGAAGAUGACAGAGGAAAUUAAAGAACCGUUCUGGGAGCGCGUGGACCUUCACUGUAAGACCAACAACACUGAGCAUCGCACCAGUGUAAUCUCAGAAGAUCAGCUGAUUGUGAGAAGAGGCCAAGAAUUCAUCCUGACCCUUAAAAUGACCAAACCUUUCAACCCUUACCAACACCCGCUCAUCAUUGCUGCGAAGACAGGAAAGCAUCCAUCUCAAGACCAGGGGACGGUGUCAUUUGUCAGUGUUCCCAAUGGUUUGUGUGAGCGUUCACCAUCAGCAAAGGCGGUGUGGAAGGUGGAGCUUCAGAGUAGCUCCUCCCUGCAAAUGGGCAUCCUGAAGCUGACCUUUACUCCACCAGCUGACACCCCCGUGGGGGUGUACGAGCUGUAUGCACAUUACAGGGGUGAGGAACUGUUUCUUGCAGCCCUGGUGGUGCUCUUCAACCCCUGGUGUUCCGAUGACUGGGUGUUUCUGGCUGAUGAGAAGGAGAGGCAGGAGUAUGUGAUGAACGAUCAAGGAUGCAUCUUCAGAGGAAGUGGAAACUAUAUCUCCUUUAUCAACUGGGACUUUGGACAGUUUGAGGACAGCAUGGUGAACAUUUGCACGAAGAUAUUGGACCUCAACCACAAACACAAGGAUGACCCAGCUGAUGAUGUUUCUGCUCGCUGCAACCCCAUCUACGUGAGCCGCGUGAUCAGCGCCAUGAUCAACAGUGAGGAUGACCACGGUGUCUUGACGGGACGCUGGGGCGGUCCGUAUUUUGGCGGGGUCUCACCUUCCCACUGGAGUGGCAGUCAUGAAAUCCUUAAGCAGUGGCUUGAAACAGACUGCCGUCCGGUCAAGUAUGGGCAGUGCUGGGUGUUCGCUGGUGUGAUGUGCUCAGUGAUGCGCCUGCUGGGCAUCCCCUGCCGUGUGGUCACCAACUUUCAGUCAGCGCACGACAACAACAGGAAUCUGACCAUUGACGUGUACCACGCAGACUAUGGCGUCAGAGAGAAACCAAGCCAUGACAGUGUUUGGAACUACCACGUGUGGGUGGAGGGCUGGAUGAGGCGGCCAGACCUGGCAGAAGAUGGCAAGUACGAUGGCUGGCAAGUUCUGGAUCCAACACCACAGGAGAAGAGCGACGGGGUUUACUGCUGCGGUCCGGCCCCGGUCAAAGCCAUCCUGAAUGGACAAACAGACCUCAAAUAUGACGUCCCAUUUGUCUACGCCGAGGUCAAUGCCGACUGUGUUGACUGGCUGGUCAAAGCUGACGGCUCACUGGUGAAGAUCUGGUCCGACACUAAGAGGGUCGGUCAGAACAUCUCCACCAAGUCCAUCGGCUCCAAAAAGAGGCUGAACAUCACCGACACCUACAAACACAGAGAGGGAUCCGACAAGGAGAGGUCUGUCUUUAUAUACGCCUGCACCAGAGACUACUCCAGAGUUGACGAGGAUGAAGAAACGGAGGAGACGGAGGAGAAUGAAGAGACGGUGGAGAAUGGAGAGACGGAGGAGACGGAGGAGAAUGAGGAGACGGAGGAGAACGGAGAGACGGGGGAGACGGAGGAGAAUGCAGAGACAGAGGAGACGGUGGAGAAUGGAGAGGGGAACGAGGGACAUGAGACCACAGAAAGUACAGAUGAAGCAACCCCAGAAAACAUCCAACAACCGCUUGAAAUAUCCAUACGAUUCCAAGAGGUGACCAGGCCGAUGAACGGCAAGGAUGUGAGCCUGAAGCUAGUGCUGCACAGUGAGAGCAGCGUUGCCAGGCGGCUGUCCGUCAACAUCAGCAUCCAAGCCAUGAAUUACAACGGCUCACCAGCUGUGAACAUCCACCACGAGGUGAAGGAGGACACACUGCAGCCUGGGAAAGAGCUGUCCAUCCCAAUCCUGGUCCCCUUCUCGACCUACUACAAACACAUGUUGGACUGCGACAGCAUGAAGGUUUCAGCCAUAGUCACGGACAAACAGAACCCGGAUAAAAUAUACCUGGCUGAGGAUGACAUUGUGCUGCAAGACCCUCCCAUCUCCAUCACCGUGUUCGAGCCGGUCAGACUGAACCAAGAGGCAAAGGGGGAAGUGGUUUUAACGAACCUGGUCGAUGCGAUACAGGAGAAGUGCACCCUGACUCUCUCUGGAAGUGGCCUAUAUCAUGACGUACUUGAAUUCCCGCUCCCAGAUAUGAAACCGAACACCCGAUUACGUGUCAAAUUCUUCUUUGUUCCCUACAAGACCGGACAGAAGACUGUAUCCAUCGACUUCAACAGCUCCUUCUUCAGAGACAUCAAGAGCGCCUACACUUUCUACGUCAAGCCAUAAAUCCUCAGUGUCGCUGAGUAAGAGUCACAUAUUUACCCAGGAACAAUGUGUCAGAGUUAGAACUCUUCAUGACACAUAAAUGUCGGGAUUUUUAUAGCGGUUUAUGUGUGAAGAAAUCUUUGCUAGCAGGAGGUAGCAAGCGUGAGGCACCCCUCACUGCAUCUGCUUUGGUGCUACAUUCCAGGAGUUAUUGACUUCAUUAUUUCUGCGUCUGCACUUGUGAUUUUCCUUCUUGCUUACGAGGUGAAAGCUUAUUUUUAUUUUGACUUCAUUUAGUUAUUUUGACUUCAUUUAGUUAUUUUCAUAAGAAAGAGCUGAAACAUGACAGGUUUUAGAAAAUGUAGUGCAUUUAUUGGGUGCUAUUUUCAGAUAAAUACACAUGUUGGUGCUAUAGUGAGUGUUUGUGGCAGCAGGAGGGUGUAUGUGUGACCCAGUGUGUGGUUGGGUGUGUGUGUGUGUGUGUGUUCAUGGUAAUGAAGGUACAACACUGCAACAGUGCGGCUCAGUGAUGAGUUUUUAAAAGUUGUGGGACAACAAGUGGAGCUCUGUGGCACAGAGGGAGAAAAUGUAUCCGACUUUGACACACAUGAUGCUUUCUGCUUUUGGCCUUUUCAUUCGACAAACAAACACGAGUGAGACGAUCAUGCGGGAUGAAAACAAACCUCCUGGCUGUCCGCCGUAGCAUCCGUCAUAGUUUACAGACACACUUCCUGCUCCCACUUUGACCUGCUCUGCUUGCUGUAGUUAUGUGCACAGUUUUCCUGCACAAUGAUGGAUUAUGACCAACAUUCAGGUGCACUCACUUGACGUUCUACCACAAAAUGACAUCGUUCAGAUCGUCUGGAUGAACAUAAUGUGGUUUGUGCACAACCUGUCUGCUCGUGCGCUCGUGCUUGUUUGCUUUGUACAGCAUUGCCAUAAUGUUGCCCAAAUCUGAGAAAACAACAUCAGAAUCAUCCCUCAAACCCCUAAAUGUUACUGUAGCCCGCAUACAACACUGGUCACUUACCACGAUUAAUGGUAUUUGCUUAUCAACAUGAUUUUUUUUUUUUUUUAACAUUUUUUUUUUAACAACACACGUGAGUGUGUGUGGUUGUUUAUGGGGAGACGCUCUGGAUAAAGACAGUAGUUUGUAUGCACCGGCCAAUUUUUAGAUUUUGGGCUAUUUUGCUUCUAUUCUUUCAGACUAGCGGAGAGAAAACAUCUAAAAUACACAUUUAGGUGUUUAUUUUAGUGUUUAGUGUACUUGUAUUGUUCUGUUUUGUGUCUAAAAAAAAAAAAUAGAUGGAAUCUCACAACACACAUCUUUAAAGGCCAUUUUUUUUCUCAUACUCUGAGCCAGAAAUCUCCACUUCAGCCACACGUACACCAAACUUUCCAGUUUUAUUUCUGUCUAUGUACCGAAGGUUUUUACAAACCCAGAUAUCAUUUAAAACUUGAUUUAUACAACCUUUUAUUCUUAAAAACAAUAACGAUAUUUCCUGAUUUAGGGAGUGAUGAAAAGAGAUGUCAAAAAUUGUUCCGAUUCGGAAAAAGCUGAUGCUGAAUGUUGAGGCUGAUACUGAUCACUGUUAUAGAUGUCUUCAGAAUCCGUAUAACAAAUGAAGAUCCUUCACAUUGGCUUUUCAGCGAUAUGUGGUAGCAGCAGGAUAUUGUACACUUGAACACUGUAAUCAUUCUAAACAGAGGCUAAACUGCAGGCUUGUAUGCUGCAGUGAUUUCCAGAUGACUGGAAGUGUAGCUCUGACGCCAUGUAUAAACGACCUUAUAUGCACUUUUUUGGCCAUGUGUACACUGAUCUAAGAAUAUGUGACCCGGCGGUAUUAUAAGCAGUACAUUAAGACUGGUGGUGACAUUUCAGGUUCAAACUCAUCAGUUUACUUAACAGAAAAAUGCAGCUAAACCUGACGCACACACAAACACACAACUCUUUUCUCUGUUCAUGAGGGGUGUUCAGGGUCCGGUUAAACCUGAAGUCUUCUAAACUCGCAGCUUUAACUGCAUUAAAAACGUCAGUCCAUUAAUUCUCCAUACAUGUUAUUCCCGUUCCUGGGUGGAACAAGCAUGUAAGUGCUUGUCUCUUUGUGAGCUUCAACCCGCAAACAUUCACAUCUCUAAAGUGCAAAUCUUCGCUCUUCUAAAAUACAUAAUUUUGUAUCUUUUAUAUGUUUAUUUCUUCAACUUGCAGUGACAGAAGAAUUCUUGCUUUUACAUAAAUUCAGUCUUUGAAGCUAAGUGAGCUGGUGGAAGGUGUCCCCUUGUGGCAAAACAAAAUAAGAGACCAAAUGCUGUGUAAGCUGGACUGUAUCGUUGUUUGCACUGUUUUAUUGAAUAUUUCAGCGACCCAAAUAAAAUGUUUAGCAUUG